AUGCAGUCUCAACAAGACUGCGACUUGGACCGACCUUUCAGCCCCGAGGAGGAGCUCGAGAAGAGCUCGAUGCACCGGUCGUCGUCUGCCCCUGACAGCGAGUCCUCUUCUUUUCUCAGCGAGAGAGAGAUACGGGAGAUUCGUUCGAACCAUAACUCGCGCCGCCGUCGGUGGUGGUGGGUCUCCUUUGUCCUCGUACAUGCCGUUCUGCUUUCUGUAUACAUUGGGAGCCUGCUGUCUCUGCGCGCCCAAGUGAGCAAGUUGCGAAAGUAUGGUCCGCAGCUGGCCAACUCCCCCGCGAACGAUGGUGUAGAAUGGGAACUCCAGACCUUCAUCAACAACAACAAUGAACAAGGGCCGUUCUCCGGACCUCCGAGAGAGGAGCUAGACGAGAACAUUGUUUUGGAGCCGGACUAUAUGAAAAAGCUCGGCCGGGACCAGUUCGGUGUUGCUGUCCCUGACGGUUCGGGGUUCAUCGGCACCUUGAACGUGUACCACGAGCUCCAUUGCAUUAAGCGCCUAUAUCAAUACACCUAUCCAGAGGUCUACCCGCAGGGCGACACGCCUGCGGAACAAGCAAGCAGUCGCCAGCACAAAGAUCACUGCUUGGACUUCCUGCGUCAGUCGGCCAUGUGCCACGCCGAUGUCGGCGUUAUUACGUUCCAGUGGUCGCCCAACAGCCUGCUGCCUGUGGCCAACGCGACGCACCACCAGUGCGCCAACUGGGACAAGCUCGCGAAGUGGACCAAGGCGCGGACCGUUGACAUGAUGAAACCGGGCUGGCUGGUCCACCCUUCCAAAGGCCCGGCUUAUCCAAAUGGGGAGGAUUAUCACCAUUGA